UGUUAGAAAUACGAGCGAAAGCAGAAGGCGAAAAGACAAAAUUCUGUCGUUGGCGCAAAAAUUUCGAGGCAAUGCUCUAACGUAAAUCGUAAUUCUUCCUCCGAUUUCUUGAUUUCUUCUUCCCGAUUUCUCUGUUUCUUUUGCUCUCUGGGUUUCAAUUUUUGGGUUUUCAACGAAGAUAUGUGGGAACCGAUUUGUUUAACCUUGGCCGCCGCCGCCGGCAACAAUAUCGGCAAAAUUCUUCAGAAGAAGGGCACCGUCAUUCUUCCUCCUCUCUCUUUCAAGCUCAAGGUGAUAAGGGCUUACGCUUUUAACAAAACUUGGAUAAUUGGUUUUCUGAUGGAUAUAUUUGGAGCCAUUUUAAUGCUGAGAGCGCUAUCCCUCGCCCCUGUUUCUAUAAUUCAACCAGUUUCUGGGUGUGGACUUGCCAUCCUCUCUAUAUUCUCACAUUUUUAUCUGAAGGAAAUUAUGAAUGUCGUUGAUUGGAUGGGGAUUAUGCUUGCUGGCAUUGGCACCAUAGGGGUUGGUGCCGGAGGUGAGGAGCAAAAGGCAUCUGCGAUAUCAGUUUUUCAUUUGCCAUGGCUAGCAUUCAUCAUGACCAUCUUGUUUAUUCUUCUAAAUGGAUGGCUUCAUUUCUACAAACGCCAAAGGAGAGAACAAGAGUUGAUGGAAUUUGAAGUUGUUGAAGAAAUAAUAUAUGGCUUGGAAUCUGGCAUUUUGUUUGGGAUGGCGUCUGUAAUAUCAAAGAUGGGAUUCUUAUUUUUGGAGCAGGGGUUCCAUGAAAUAUUGGUUCCCAUAUGCAUCCUGAUAAGUAUUUGUUGCAGUGCUACAGGAUUUUACUAUCAGACUCGAGGACUAAAACAUGGGAGGGCAAUUGUGGUGUCUACAUGUGCUGCUGUGGCAUCGAUCAUCACUGGUGUUGUUGCUGGUAUGCUUGCUCUGGGUGAAGAAUUGCCCUCGUCACCAACUGGCCGCCUUCUCCUUCUGCUAGGAUGGCUGCUAAUCAUCGUCGGUGUUAUUCUGCUUGUGAGUUCUUCAAGACUGAUUCGACGUUUUACUUGGCUAUACCGGCGCUUUAAGCGAAGUGGUGUUGAUAGGAACUUUGGGCAUAGAUCAGGAUCAUCUGUCCGCUUAAGAGAUUCAAGCCCUAGUGCAAUCAUUCAGACAACCACAUUGCAAAAUUUGAUGCUAUCUUCAAAAGAAAAGGCUGACGCUUGAAAACCACGAAGACAGUUCAUGUAUAGACAAUACCAAUGUGGGAGACCAGGUACGAACGUAUACGGAUCUGAGUUGGAAUUUGGUAAUGCACUCCACUUUCUCAUGGGUGUACUUUUAAUGUGAUUUUAUAUAUAUAUAUAUAUAUAUAUAUAUAUAAGAUUAUACCUUCUUUUGCUUAGGCAACGACAUUGUGAAAUCCCCUUGGAUUUGAUUGUUUCAAUGUUUAAGACCAUUUUUUAAUAUCCAUUUACCCAUUACAAUAUUUAAGUUUUGAAAAUUGAUGAUGCUGAUAUGAGUCCAUUUAUGAAGAGAUGUACCCAUUUGAGA